GUCAUUUCCGAAGUAUAACCCUACAAAAACCAUACCACGAGAAUGGCUUCGGUUUACUACCUUCUCGACGAUGCCAAGGACAUCGCCGACUACAUAAUUUGGAGCACGGAGGCCAAGUUCGAGCUCGACAAGAAGAGGUACUUCGCCGCCCUCAUUAUACAGAGGACCUUCCGAGGAUUCGCGGUGAGAUGCGAGUACAAGAAGAUGAUCAGAGCGGCCACCACCAUCCAGAAGUACGUCAGAGGCCACCUGUUAAGGUUGCACCUACAUGAGAUAGCCGCGAAGGCUUUCCGGCGGAAAUGCAUGUCUACCUUCAACAGGUUGGCGACCAGGAUCCAGGCGGCCUGGAGAGGGUACUGGGUGCGCAAGAACUUCAACAUAGAGACCAUAAUAGCGGAAAGGAAGGAGGAACUGGAGACUCAGGAAGCCAUAGCUGAACUGUUCGGCAAGAUCUUCAAACCUACUGCCGACAUAUCCGAUCUAUCGUUGCAGAUCGGGGACAUGGAGGAAGAGGAACAGAUCGCCUACAAGAUAGCGAAGAAGUCCCCCGAGAUACUCCGGGUCCUGUUCGAUAAACACCAUCUGUUGAGGACGCGACAGAUCGAGGGCGUGCUCUCCGUGCACGGCUCGAAACAGCUGUCUCUCCUCGAGACGUUCCUGAAGCGGUUGGAAUGCAAGGAGUACAUGAGAAAGGUUAGAAAACUGUAUAAGGAGGUUAACACCCCAGCAUUCGAGUACAUGUUCAAAGACGCGCAGGCGAGGAAGAUCGAGGAUAUGAUGAGGGAGAAGAACCACAGGGAAGGCGUCGAGAAGGCGGAGAGCAUCAACAAGAAGAUGCCCAGAAGUAUUCACGAUAAACCCUUCCUGGUCACCAAGAAGAUCGACCAGGAACCAUACGAGAAGAGGAUGUUAUCCGACGAGGAGUACAAGGGUCUUCCUCUGCCGGUUUUCAGGGAAAGAGAGGCUGGGGAAGGCGUCCCUCGCUUCAGGCUGGACGUGCAUCACGUGACCCCUAAUCCGAAGGACGAACCUCCCUAUUUCAUCGACCAUUGGAAGAAGGUCUGCUGCAAUCAUAACUUCAUAUACGAUUUUAUGGGCGAUAAGAAAGGAUGAGGAUUGUUUAUUAUUAUUAUAAAGUUUAGAAUUUC